UGGUUUUUAAAGAUUGGAGAAAUUAUCUGCCUCUAAUAAUUAUAUUUAUGACUCUAAUUAUUAGAGAUUGAGAAAUGCUCAAAAAAUUGAUUGAUGAAAGUCUUGAUACUAUAUGAAGGAUUACGCAAUUAAAAUGUCUAUAUGAACAUUCCAAUGAACCACCAAUAUAUUCAACUACCUUAUUAUUAAAAAAAUAAAACCCUAAUUUCUUGUCAAAUAAAAAAAAAGCAAAUUAAAAAAAAACCCUAAUUCUACCCUAUCCAAUGCAUAAGUCAAGGAACCUUGUGUAUUACAUAUUUUUCCUACAUAACCUACAUGCCAAGUGACUUGACCAAAACCCAAUUUGAUUACAUGCUGACCCGAACUUCCCUUAGCCUGAAAUGAUCCGACCCAUACCGACCUGAAAGAUCCGAUUGCCGGGUCUAGAAUCACAUAGGGCCUCAAUAUAACUCCGUUGUUAAUUGUCAAAUAAGGAAUACCUAAUCAAAAUUUUUACUGUUUUCGGGAACCCAAGUCAUGCUCACCCAGUCAAACCCCUAUUGGGACCAGUACAGAUCAAUUUUGCUGGUUCAUUCCGCAAAUGGGCAAAUCCUAAUUCAACACCGUCUGUUAAAUUGGUGCAACCUUCAAAAAAUUAAAUCCAACCUUAUUUUAACUACUGCUAACUCAACCCAGUCAACCAAAACCUCUAACCUUCAUCAAUGGCGGAACAAAACUCCAUUCCCGAAAACCCCCAAGACACCCCUGUUCCCGGAAAUCCCCAAGAUACCCCUGUUCCAGAAAAUCCCCUAGAUUUUGGAAAGCUUGAAUUCGGUUGCGAGCAUUACAGGAGACGAUGCCGAAUUCGAGCACCUUGUUGCAAUCGUAUUUUCACUUGUCGUCAUUGUCAAAACGAAGCUAUAAACUCUUUGAGCAAUGUUAAGGAGCAUCAUGAGAUUAAUCGACGUGAUAUUAAGCAAGUUGUUUGUGCAGUUUGUGAAUUUGAACAACCGGUAGCAAAGAUCUGCUGUAAUUGCGGGGUUAACAUGGGUGAGUAUUUUUGUGAUGUGUGCAACUUCUAUGACGAUGAGAUUGAGAAAAAACAAUUUCAUUGCACCGAGUGUGGAAUUUGUAGGGUUGGUGGUCGUGAGAACUUCUUUCACUGUCCAAAGUGUGGUUCUUGCUAUGCUGUGAGUCUGCGUGACAACCACGACUGUGUGGAAGACUCUAUGAAGAAUUCUUGCCCUAUCUGCUAUGAGUACCUUUUUGACUCGACCAAAGUCACACAAGUUAUGAGAUGUGGACAUACAAUACACAUGGGUUGUUAUGAAGAGAUGUUGAAUCAGCAGCAGUAUCGAUGCCCCUUAUGCUCCAAGUCAAGUAUGGACAUGACAAGAAACUGGGAAAAAUUGGAUGAAGAGAUUGAAGCUACUAUCAUGCCUGAUGAGUAUCGUUAUGAGGUAUCAAUCCUCUGCAAUGAUUGCAGUGUAACAAGCAUAGUGAAAUUCCACAUAUUUGGGCACAAGUGCAGUCAUUGCAAUUCAUACAACACUCGUGUAACGCAAAAGCAAAUUCCUCAGGAGGAGUCGACAUCAGAUAACUGAUUCAUUUGCCCACCUCAAUUUGUAGCAGACAUUAAAACACUGCUAUUAUACAAGCAUUCAGAUUGGCUUUUGUUUGUAAAAUUCUAGUUUGAGUUUCUUAUAUGGCCGGGUUCUGCAGUGGUUGUUAGCAACAUUGACCAUUGUUCGCUGUAAAGUAUUCAGCAGCUAGAAUUUACCAAUGUGUCAAUUUUUCAAUAGGCACAAGGGUUUAUAAUGUAUGAAAUACAUUUUGUUCUUGUGUAACAGAUAGGCUGGUUAUUUUUAUUACAUAAACAAUUUGCAGAAGAUGAAAAAAUGUCACUCACAUUGUUUGCUUA